AUGUGGGAAUUUGCAUCGGGGCAACCUCCGCUUCUUGAUCGUUCACAUAAUUUCCAUUUAGCCUUGGAUAUAUGUAAAGGCCUUCGUCCAUCAAUCAGUCAUCUUUCCGCUACCCCUAAAUGCUAUAUUGAGGUUAUGGAAAGGUGCUGGGAUGCUAUUCCAUCAAAACGUCCUGAUGUACACGAAUUAAGAACAAUUCUAGAAAAAUUCUAUAUUGAAUUCAAAGAACACGAAUUCACUGUUGCAGAAAUUGAGAGACUUCGCAUUUCUGAGGCAGCUAAAGAAUCACCAUCAACACUAUCUCCUCCGACUUCAACACUACCACAAUCAUCAUCUCAAACUAAUCAACCUCAAUCAUCAUCAUCCGUCUCGAAUAGAAACUCACAAGUAGCCAUAUACACGAGUCGUCUGCUCAACUUCAUUAAUUUGCCAGAACCACAAAAUUCCUCAUCAUAUGAACCAACAAAUUAUGAAUUUAUAGAAUUUGAGGAAGCUGAAGUUGUGGAUUCUGGUCAGUUGGAUCUCUUUAUUCCAAAAACAGAAUUUGCACUGCGUCGACGUGAAGAUUUACCGAAAAUACCAGAAUUAAGAGUAGAUUCUCUACUAUUUCCAUUAGAUUUGCCAAAAAUAACGGAGAAUAAUAGAGAACAAGAUGAAUAUUAA